AUGAUUAUUCUAUGCGAUCAAGGAAAUUCAACUCCGCGAAAAAAGGCUCAAAUGCUCUAUCUGCUAUUGGAUAAUAGAAGGUUGGUGUCUUUUGGUCGUUUUGUUAUUGAUGGUAGUGAAGCAACCCUUUUGUUUGAGAUUGCAACUAAUAUUGAAAUGACUACUUUCUUACCGUCCUCUUCAUCAACAAUCAAGAUAUCAGGAUGUGAACCAGAAAUGGAACAAACUCUCAAGGAUGCACCCAAUAUGCAAGCAAAGUGUAUUAUUAUGGCAGGAUCCUUUUUUUUUUUUUUUGGAACAAACCUUCUUAUUACCGGUAAAUACUCUUCUGGUUCCCCUGUUGUUGAUUUCAAUGCUCUCAGUAUGUCCAUCAAGAACUUCAGUUUACUCGUUUUCUUCCUUCUUGUGUCAAGAGGCCGUCCAGCAGUCGCAACCGAAACUACUUUUAUCUGUGAAGAAUUUGAUGAUUGGACGCUUCCUUAUGUUAUUGGUCAAUAUUAUAAAUCGAGGGGAAUGACAAGCAAGGAAGUUACAAGACGUUACCUUAUGGAGAAUCAUUUUACUCCUUUUUAUAUUUUUUUUGAAAAUAUUUUGUUGGAACGCAUUGUAGAGGACAAAGCCGAUGGCGUCGAAGAUGAUAUUACCUACAGUUUACUGAAGUUGGUGAAAAUGGAUCGUAUUAUGACGCUUCUACUUGGAUUCCGUACAUCUUGUUUCUCUCCUGGUGUUGACGAACACGUAUUCAAUGUAUUCUGCAUCAAGUCACUUCCAACAAUGAUAAUGAGUUUUUUUUACAAUGAUACUGGCAUUCACCAGUGGACCAUGCUGUUUAGCUGA